AUGGCUUACAGAGUUUGUACCAUUCGGGUUUUCAUCAUUUCAAGCAUUAAAAUCGAAUUACAGGAUAAAAAGAAAAUGUUACCUGCAGAAGAUGUCGGAGGCAAAGGCAGCACAGGCGAAGCAGCGGAAAAGGGUGGCGAAGCAGCGGAAGACGGAGGCGAAGAUGACGACGACGGCGACAUUGCAGACAUGAUCGGAGCUAGAGAAGAAAAGGGAAGAAGAGAACCGGCGUCGAUGAGAAAGCUGGAGGGCUUCACUGCCGGCGGCGAUGGUGGAGGCGAUGUCUCUAGCGGAGGCAUUGUCCGAGGGGGAUGA